AUGAUGGAGAUUAACAGAUUCAUCAAACUAUUGAGUGUGCUGAUGUUUGUACUUUCACUGUGCAUGAAGCUCAAUUCAGUAUCUGCUGCUGAAGCUAGGUGCAUAGAGAGGGAAAGACAAGCUUUUCUGAAGUUUAAGCAUGACCUUGUUGAUGCAAAUGGCCUUUUGUCAUCCUGGGGAAGUGAAGAAGAUAAAAGGGAAUGUUGCAAAUGGAAGGGCAUCUUGUGUAGCAACGGAACUGGUCAUGUAAUUUCACUUGAUCUGGAUGCAUUUCCGUGGUCAGGUCAUCUUCUUUUGAAAGGUAAGCUUAGCCCCUCACUGCUUGAUUUGCAACAUUUGAAUUAUUUGGGCCUGAGUGGUAAUGAUUUUGGAGGAAGUGAAAUACCAAGAUUCAUUGGUUCCUCCAAGAACUUAAGGCACUUGAAGCUCAAUUACUCAAACUUCAGUGGUGAAGUUCCUUGCGAACUUGGGAACCUUACAAACCUGAAUACUCUUGACCUUGGUUAUAACAAUUUGAGAAUCAAGAAUUUUGAUUGUCUUUCUCAUCUUUCUUCGUUAUCAUAUCUUAACCUGAGUCGUAAUGAUUUUGGAGGAAGUGAAAUACCAAGAUUCAUUGGUUCCUUCAGGAACUUAAGGCACUUGAUGCUCACUGACUCAAACUUCAGUGGUGAAGUUCCUUGCGAACUUGGGAACCUUACAAACCUGAAUACUCUUGACCUUGGUUAUAACAAUUUGAGAAUCAAGAAUUUUGAUUGUCUUUCUCAUCUUUCUUCGUUAUCAUAUCUUGACCUGAGUCGUAAUGAUUUUGGAGGAAGUGAAAUACCAAGAGUCAUUGGUUCCUUCAGGAACUUAAGGCACUUGAUGCUCAGAGGCUCAAACUUCGGUGGUGAAGUUCCUUGUGAACUUGGGAACCUUACAAAUCUGAAUACUCUUGACCUUGGUUAUAAUAAUUUGAGAAUCAAGAAUUUUGAUUGUCUUUCUCAUCUUUCUUCGUUAUCACAUCGUGACUUGAGUAGUGUUAACCUUAUAAAUCAAACCAGCUGGUUGCACCACAUAACAAGGUUCCCUUUCCUCAAGAAAUUGUCCUUGAUUGGUUGUCAACUUCCCAACCCAGUGCUUUCCUUUGAUAUCUUUACGAAUUCUUCUUUAUCCAAACUAUCUAUCCUCGAGCUAAACUCCAAUUAUCUCACUCCUUAUCCACAUUGCGUUGGAUGUUUAACAUUAGUACAAGUCUUACAAGCAUUGACCUCUCCUUUAAUCAAUUAG